UUUGUUUCUAGUCAGUUUAAAUAUUGUCCCAUGUGAUUUUCUUUUUAACACAGGGUUGUUGGGAGCCGCUCUGGAAACAUGCCCUGAAGUCCUGAGCAAGAGAAACUGAACACUUUUUGCCGCCCACAGUAACUUGGGCUCUGCCUCAGCUCAGGUCUUGCUCCACAGAAUCAAGAAGAAUGGAGGAGAAGAAUGAAGGGAGAAGGAAGAACUCCUAGAGUGUUACCAUUUCUAAGGAACCUUAAACUGGAUGCCAAGGUUUCUGAACAUAGUGAAUGACUCCAGGGCUGUAGUAGAAGAGAUAUAAAAUUUAGAAUCCUGUUAUCCAUCAUCUCCUGGGUAUAGAGGAAAAUGAUUGAGCCUCAGGAAUUGGUGACAUUGGAAGAUGUGGUUGUGAAUUUCACCUUGGAGGAGUGGCAGCUCCUGGAUCCUUCUCAGAAGAAUCUGUACCAGGAUGUGAUGUUGGAAAAUUAUAAUAAUCUGGUCUCAGUAGGGUUUCAAAAUAUCAAACCACAUGCACUCUCCAAUUUGGAGCAAGGAGAAGAACUGUGGAUGAUAGAAGAUGAAGUCCAGAAUGGACCAUGUUCAGAAAUCGGGAAAGUUGAUGGCCACCUGCAGGAGUACUCUCAAACCCAAAGAUUCCUGAAGAGUAUGCAUCAAUGCAGUGAUCAGAAUGCAUUUAAAAAUAUCACUCAUUUCAGCAAAACACAUUUUAUUCUACUGCAAAAUCACGAUACAAUUUUGAAAUCAAGAUUAGGUUUAGUUAACCAGAAGAGAAGACAUGAAAUAAAUAACCCUGUUGGUUUUAAUGAAGGUGAGAAAAUCUACCUACACGAUAAAGAUGAACAUACAUUUACUGAAAUGAAACUCGCUGAAAGUACAAAAUGCAUAGGUAUUAAAUGUCAAGCGUUCAAACAUCAGAAGACUCAAAAAAUUGAGAAACCCCUUGCAUACACUGAAGGUGAGAAAACCUUCACCAGAAAGUCUCUGCUCCCUUAUCAUGGGAGCAUUCAUACAGGAGAGAAACCUGGGAGUGGUCAAGGUGAGAAAUCAUCCAGAAGUGUCCUAACCACUAAGCAUCAGAGGACUCAUGUAGGAGACCUUCCUUGUGUACUCAGCGAGUCCAGGAAGGGUCCUGCUGUGAAGAGCAGCCUCACUGUCAGUGAGCAGUCCCAGACAGGAGAGAAAUCCUAUCUGUGCAGUGAGUGUGGAAAGGGCUUUACAAUGAAGCGCUAUCUAAUUGCUCAUCAUCGAACUCACAGUGGAGAGAAACCUUUUGUAUGCAGUGAAUGUGGAAAAGGCUUCACUGUGAAGAGCAAUCUCAUCGUCCACCAGCGAACUCACACAGGGGAGAAACCCUAUAUAUGCAGUGAAUGUGGAAAAGGCUUCAUCAUGAGGCGCUAUCUAGUUGUGCAUCAGCGAAUUCACACUGGAGAGAAACCCUAUGUUUGUAAUGAAUGUGGAAAAGGCUUUACUGUGAAGAGCAAUCUCAUUGUGCAUCAGAGAUCUCAUACAGGGGAAAAAUCCUACAUAUGCAGUGAGUGUGGAAAAGGCUUCACUGUGAAACGCACUCUCAUCAUACAUCAGCGGACUCACACAGGAGAAAAAUCCUAUAUAUGCAGUGAGUGUGGAAAAGCCUUCACCACCAAGCGCACUCUUGUUAUACACCAGCGAACUCAUACAGGAGAGAAACCCUAUGAAUGCAAUGAAUGUGGUAAAGCCUUCAGCCAGAAGAUAUGCCUCAUACAACAUGAGAGAUGUCACACAGGAAAGACUCCCUUUGUAUGUACUGAGUGUGGGAAAUCCUAUUCACACAAAUAUGGCCUCAUUACCCAUCAGCGAAUUCACACAGGAGAGAAGCCCUAUCAGUGCAGUGAAUGUGGGAAAGCCUUCACUACAAAGUCGGUGCUCAAUGUACACCGAAGAACUCAUACUGGAGAGAGGCCCUACGGAUGCAGUGAUUGUGAGAAAGCCUUCUCCCACUUGUCGAACCUUGUUAAACACAAGAAAAUGCACACCAGAGAAACGGAUCGAUUCAUUCAAGUUGAAAAUUCUUUUAAUAGAGAGUCACAGCACAUCACUUAGGAGUGAACUCAUGCAUCCCCAAAACACUGUGCAGGGUGGAAAUGUCUUCUGUGGCAACUCAGACUUCACUAAACAUCCGUGUCUCUGGCCGAUUGGAAUGUA